AUGUCACUGCUGAACGACAAAGAAUUCGAAGAGCUCGUGAUUGAACCCUUGAAUCUCUUCACUUUACCCCCUUAUCAGACUAGCGUACAGAAACAUUAUUUCGUGAAUGUGCGACCUUUAAGCCACAUCAAUGAUGGUGCGCCAUUGGAGUUUCAAGUAAACAACUCGGGUCCCGACUACACCGACCUGAGACGCACUCGUCUGCACGUGAAAGUCAAAGUAACACAGGCCGAUGGUACUUCCUUAGCUACUGAUGAGAAUGUCGCCCCAACAAAUCUGUUCCUGCAAACAAUGUUCUCGCAGCUGGCGGUGUACCUACAGAACCAGCUCGUGUCUUCGACCAACAACCAUUACGCCUACAAGAGCAUGAUGAAAGUCUUGCUGGGAUAUGGCGAGGAAGCGAAAAACACCCAGUUGUCCACUCAGCUGUUCUACAAGGAUGUUGGCGAUAACGACGCUGAUUUGGAAAACAGUGACGUCACCGGAUCUAAUAAUACAGGAGUGUUGGCACGCUCCGCUUUCAUAGCGGAAAGCAAAGAAUUCACCAUGUCGGGACCCUUGUACGAGGACAUCUUCGACAUGAACCGACUUCUACCCAACGACGUGGACCUGACCCUGAAAAUGUUCAGAUCGGACCCCAAAUUUUGUUUGAUGAGCAGUGUUACCGCACAUGAAUUCAAAGUUCACCUUUUGGACGCUUACUUGCAGGUGUGCAAGGUCAAAGUCAAUCCAGCUUUGAUCUUGGCUCACAACACGCUGUUCGAAAAGUCGAACGCUCUGUACCCAUACACCAAAAGCGAAGUCAAAGUGACCAGCAUUCCGACCACCCAGCAGGCGCACACCAUAGACAACGUAAGCAAUCCCGUCGCCAACCGAUACGUCGUGGGACUGGUGGAAAGUUCGAGUCUCAACGGGAGCUACACCGGCAAUCCGUAUAAUUUCAAGUCAUCCAUGCUUAAAAAGAUGGCGUUGUACAUCGACGGUGCCAGUGUGCCGGGUCAGCCCGUCGAAGCCGACGAUGUCGCCUGUUACGUCAACAUGCUCGACGGCAUGGGUGUGUGGAAGGAAGAUAAGGGCAAAGGCAUUAGUAGAAGCGAAUUUCUCCUCGGGAACGCUUUGUUUGUGUUCGACAUUGAUAAAAUGUGUGCGGAUUCGGAGUAUCUGAAUUUGGUGAAAUCAGGAAGUGUGAGGCUCGAACUGGAAUUUAAAUCGGCACUCAAAAGCACGCUGAGUUGCGUCGUCCUGACUCAGCGAAAUUCCCUCAUUGAAAUUGACCAAGCCCGCAACGUGUUUGUCAGUCACACCUUCGUGAUGAGCAAGCCGAUGAUUCUUCUGACGAGGGACACUUAUCAGAGACUGAUGUCCGAGGCGGAAGCGCGGAAAACAGCAGCGACGACAACAGCGACGACGACGUCGACGAAUCAGACACCAAAUCAAGAGACGUGGUCUCAGACAGCGAAUGAAUCGUACGACAGCAGCACAUCGCCAAAGGAUGACGUCCGAGUUGAUUCUCAAUCUGUCAACAAUAAAAGCAACAACAACGACAGUGACUUUUUGUUACGGAUUCCCGAACAACUUCUCAAGAACAUUUCUUCCACAAAAACUAAGAAGAAGAAGAAGAAGAAGAAGAAGAAGAAGAAGCCAACCAGAGAAAGAGCAGGACCAGCAGUGGAUAGAAGACUAGAAGAAGAGACCGGACAAGAAACAGAGACAGAGAGAUAG